AGUUUGUUGAACUAAUACAGUAGAAAAAAAUAUAGUAUAACAAUGUUAAAUGGGAUUUUUAUUUCAUUUUUAUUGAUUACAGUAUAUCAAAUAAACAGAGUUUCUUCCAGAACGAUAUGCUUAAGAAAUGAGCAUUGCUCUUCUGGUAUUUGCAACUUUAAAUCGAAAUUCAAUUUAGGCAUUUGUAAUAUUGGAUUUUGCGAUUGUAAAGAAGGAUAUUAUCCCAUUAUUGGCCAUUUGACAACCGAUUGUAAGAGAUUAAGACUUUAUAACGAAUCUUGUGAAAAUGACGAACUUUGUUCGGAUAGUAAAAGACUAGCUUGCCAAGCCACGAAACCAAGGAAAUGCCUGUGUAAUAGGAAAGAUAAAUGGAAUGGUCAAGAAUGCGUACCGAGAAAUCCAAGAAAACUAGGAGAAAAAUGCUCCGAUCUUCGAGAUGUUUGUAUUGCUAAAAAAUCUUAUUGUAAAAAUGGAAUUUGUUCUUGUCAAAAUUACUUUAGACAUGAGGGAGAUAGCUGUCGACCAGUUAGGAUGGGAGAUACCUGUUUCACAAAUAAAUCUUGCCAGUAUCCAUCUUUGUGUGUUAACAAUAAAUGUAAAUGUCCAAAUGGAACGGAAGUGUUUAAAGAUAAGAUAAUUGGUGAAGACUGGACAGAAUUUUGUAAAAGGAGGAAAGUUAGAAUUACCUAUCAGAAUAGGCAAUUGAAUGAAACUUGUGGUUAUUUAUUGGCUGAAAAUGAAAUAACUAUAGAAAGAUGUCAAAAAAAUUCGAUUUGUGAUUAUUGUUAUGGAGCUCGAAACGAAGAAAAAUCAAUUUGCAUACGACCUUGGAAUUCUAACCAUUCAAAGACAACAAUUCUACCGGCCCAUCAGAAUUCUAGGGCUCCACUGCUUAAUAGCUAUUUUACAAUAACUAUUCUCAGUUUCGUGUUCUUUUUAUAAUGAGAUGGAAUUUCAAGAACUUAGUUCACCAUCUUUAUUACCUUCUGUUGAUACAAUAUAAGCUAAGAGUUUGAAAAUUCAUCUAUUUGCUAAAAGCUUUUAUGAUCAUUUCUUUGGUGGAAGAAAAAAUUGUCUCUCCUUCAUAUUCUAAGUCUUCUGCUUGUCGACAGUUAAAUUUCAGAGUUUCUAGUUAUUCAAAUAGAAAUAAACUUUAUAAAAUGUUUAAAUUGUGCUUAAAUAAAUAAAAGAAUAAUUAUUCAUAUCAUUUAUUCAGUUAUUUUCAAAUGCUAUCAUUUUAGGUUUGUUUAGAGAGAAUUACUUGAAACGUCUAUAGACUGGUAAUGUGUAAAGUAAUCGACAAAAAAUUCCGGACACCGAAAAAGUUUUUUCGGCCGUAUAUUACAAAUUUAUCUUUUUAGUUCUUAACUAUUAAAUAUUGCGUUUAUAUAUCGAUUUAUAUAUUCAUUUGUUACUCUAUGGUAACCUGCAUCAUUUUAUUUGAAGAUGUACUCCGUGUCCCAUUUUGAGUGAUUUUCGAGUCCAGAUUAUCCCUUAUUUUUUAAGGCAUUACUUUUUCUUCUUUUAGAAUCCUGGGAUGUGGAACCAACUCUUUUAUACUGCAAAUUUUGUCUUUUCAUCUCCCUCUGAAUUGUAUCAACGCUUACAUUUACAUCUAAUUCCUUUAAAAUUUUUCCUGCUGUCACCUUUUCUUUGUGUCUUUUAAGUUUCUUGACAAUCUUUUUCAUCUUGCUUAUGUCUUUUUCUUUAAGACAUUUUGGACGACCCCUAUUCUCUUUUUCUGGUGGCUCAUACCUGAUCAUAGCCGAAACUGUAGAUGGUGCCAUUCCCAAAGCUCUAGCUGUUGCCCUUAGUUCGCCCAGUUCAUUAAAUUUCUUGAUCACAAGAGGCCUAACAUCUUUGCUCCAUGCCAUAAUUAAAUAAAUACAAUAGAAAUGAUAUAAUGUAAUUAAAAUAGAAAAUAAUUGAGAAGCCAAACUUUGAAAAGUAAAUUUAUCUAAAAAAAACUGUUAAACGUCUAUUUGAAC